CCAGCCCUGCUCCCGUUUCCAGCCCUGCCCCCCGUUUCUUGGCUGGGGACGAGGCCCCUCUGUGUCGUCCUUGUUCCAGGGGCUGUGCUCUUGGACCUGGAUCAGCAGACCCUGCCUGGCGUGGCCCACCAGGUGGUGGAGCAGAUGGUCAUCUCAGACCAGAUCAGCGAGGACAGAGCCAACGUGCUGAGGGCCCUGCUGCUGAAGCACAGCCACCCCAGCGACGAGAAGGACUUCUCCUUCCCCCGCAACAUCUCAGCCGGCUCCCUGGGCUCACUGCUGGGGCAUCACCACGGCCAGGGCGCUGAGAGCGACCCCCACGUCACCGAGCCCCUCAUCGGAGGCGUCCCUGAGACCCGGCUGGAGGUGGAACGAGAGCGCGAACCGCCUCCUCCAGCUCCUCCGGCCGGCAUCACUCGCUCCAAGUCCAAGCACGAGCUGAAGCUGCUGGAGAAGAUCCCUGAGAACGCCGAGGCCACAGUGGUCCUUGUGGGCUGCGUGGAGUUCCUGGCCCGCCCCACCAUGGCCUUCGUGCGGCUGCGGGAGGCAGUGGAGCUGGACGCGGUGCUGGAGGUGCCUGUGCCCGUGCGCUUCCUCUUCCUGCUGCUGGGCCCGAGCAGCGCUAACAUGGACUACCACGAGAUCGGCCGCUCCAUCUCCACCCUCAUGUCCGACAAGCAAUUCCACGAGGCGGCCUACCUGGCGGACGAGCGGGAGGACCUGCUGACGGCCAUCAACGCCUUCCUGGACUGCAGCGUGGUGCUGCCGCCCUCGGAGGUGCAGGGCGAGGAGCUGCUGCGCUCAGUUGCUCACUUCCAGCGCCAGAUGCUCAAGAAGAGGGAGGAGCAGGGCCGGCUGUUGCCCCCGGGGGCAGGGCUGGAGCCCAAGUCGGCUCAGGAUAAGGCGCUCCUGCAGAUGGUAGAGGUGGCCGGUGCGGUGGAAGACGAUCCCCUGCGGCGGACAGGCCGGCCUUUCGGGGGGCUGAUCCGAGACGUGCGACGCCUACCCCACUACCUGAGCGACUUCCGGGAUGCGCUGGACCCCCAGUGCCUGGCUGCUGUCAUCUUCAUCUACUUCGCGGCCCUGUCUCCCGCCAUCACCUUCGGGGGGUUGCUGGGGGAGAAGACGCACGACCUGAUAGGGGUGUCGGAGCUCAUCAUGUCCACGGCCAUCCAGGGCGUGCUGUUCUGCCUGUUGGGGGCCCAGCCAUUGCUGGUGAUCGGCUUCUCGGGGCCCCUGCUGGUCUUCGAGGAGGCCUUCUUCUCGUUCUGCAGCAGCAACAACCUGGAGUACCUGGUGGGCCGCGUGUGGAUUGGCCUCUGGCUGGUGCUGCUGGCCCUGCUCAUGGUGGCCCUGGAGGGCAGCUUCCUGGUGCGCUUCGUCUCCCGUUUCACCCAGGAGAUCUUUGCCUUCCUCAUCUCUCUCAUUUUCAUCUACGAGACCUUCUACAAGCUGGUGAAGAUCUUCCAGGAGCACCCCCUCCACGGCUGUUCCGUCUCCAACAGCUCCGAGGCAGGCAGUGGCGAGAAUGCCACGUGGCCCGGGGCAGGAGCCACACUGGGGCCAAGGAACGAGAGCUCAGCCAGGCCGCCCGGGCAGGGCAGGCCCCGGGGCCAGCCCAACACCGCCCUGCUGUCGCUGGUUCUCAUGGCCGGCACCUUCUUCAUCGCCUUCUUCCUGCGCAAAUUCAAGAACAGCCGGUUCUUCCCCGGCCGGGUACGGCGCGUGAUUGGGGACUUCGGGGUGCCCAUCGCCAUCCUCGUCAUGGUGCUUGUGGAUUACUGUAUUGAGGACACCUACACCCAGAAGCUGAGCGUGCCCAGCGGCUUCUCAGUGACAGCCCCAGAGAAGCGGGGCUGGGUCAUCAACCCCCUGGGGGAGAAGAGCGCCUUCCCCGUGUGGAUGAUGGUUGCCAGCCUGCUGCCCGCCAUCUUGGUCUUCAUCCUUAUCUUCAUGGAGACACAGAUCACCACGCUGAUCAUCUCCAAGAAGGAGCGCAUGCUUCAGAAGGGUUCUGGCUUCCACCUGGACCUGCUGCUCAUCGUGGCUAUGGGCGGCAUCUGUGCCCUCUUCGGCUUGCCCUGGUUGGCCGCCGCCACUGUCCGCUCUGUCACGCACGCCAACGCACUCACGGUCAUGAGCAAGGCGGUGGCGCCUGGGGACAAGCCCAAGAUCCAGGAGGUCAAGGAGCAGCGGGUGACAGGGCUGCUGGUGGCCCUGCUCGUGGGUCUCUCCUUGGUCAUCGGGGAUCUGCUCCGGCAGAUCCCCCUGGCCGUGCUCUUCGGGAUUUUCCUGUACAUGGGCGUGACCUCCCUAAACGGGAUCCAGUUCUAUGAGCGGCUGCACCUGCUGCUCAUGCCACCCAAACACCAUCCAGACGUCACCUACGUCAAGAAGGUUCGGACCCUGCGUAUGCACCUGUUCACCGCCCUGCAGCUGCUCUGCCUGGCCGUGCUCUGGGCUGUCAUGUCCACCGCAGCCUCCCUGGCCUUCCCCUUCAUCCUCAUCCUCACGGUGCCGCUCCGCAUGGUGGUGCUGACCCGCAUCUUCACCGAGCGGGAGAUGAAAUACCUGGAUGCUAACGAGGCAGAACCCGUGUUCGAUGAGCGGGAGGGUGUGGACGAGUACAACGAGAUGCCCAUGCCUGUGUAACUGCUGCCUGGACGGACAGCCAAGGGAUGGACGGACAGAGGGAACGGGCUGGGGUGGGGGGUGCUCUCCCCAUCCUCCUCCCUCAUUUUUAUUUAAUGAAUAAUUUAAGGCCCUCCCCCCCAACCCCAGCAGUAAAGUGCUUUGGCCCCCA